AUGUGGUGUGAACACGGCACAGGCGCAGGGUCUGCAGUAUCGACGGACUCGGGCGUGUGGACGGGCGGCGAGGGCGCGCCGGGGGGAGACGUGUCGCCGCGCUCGCGCCGCCGCCCGCGCAACCUCGAGAUGGUGAUGCGGGGCGCGCACAACUUCCACCUCAGGGAGCUGCAAGUCGCCGACCUUGAUAUUAUGGAUGAAGCCGUUGUAACAGGACACGCGGUGAUCCCAUUACCAAAACUACCAAGUUCCUUUGAGACUGACCCGUCUCCAGAGUACGAAGCACCGGCCCCCACCUACCAACCUCCCUCACCAAUAUUACCCAAGCCAAUACAACUACCAGAAACACCCAGACAGAACUCACCAAUGUCUACGUUGGAACGAUACAGAAAUAGGAACAGGCCCACCACAAUCCAGACAAGUCUUGAAGAGGAGAAGUUCGUAUUGGAUAGAUCACAACCGGAAAAGUUGAAUAAGCAGAAUUCGUUCGUGAAAUCAUCAAGCGGUGUGGUUUCACCGACUACCGUGAGCUCGAGUAAGGAAUCUAGUCCAUCGUGCAAGAGUGAGGAGAGCCAUUUCGGCAACAGCAGCGCCUGGCAGAGCCACGCGGCUGGCGAGGCUAUGGCCACUAG